UUUUCAACGUUAUUUAAAUAUUUAUUAUAAAGUCAUUUUGUUAACUGAAAAGAAUUUGUCAUUUAAAUUAUUGCAUUUGAUAUUUUAUUAAAAUAAAAAUAAAAAAGCAACUAAAAUAUAAUGAUAAAGAUAGAUUAAUUACAAUAGUAAUAAUGGAUACGAAUGAAAAUGAUUUAGAAGCGAAUAAAAAUGUCAAUGAUAAAAAUAAAAAUAUUGAAAGUUGUGAUAAUAACAAAAUAAAUGAAAAUGUAUCAACAACUAUGGAACUUGAAAAUAAAAACGAUGAAAAUUCUUUAGUUCAAGGGAUUGUUAUUAAUAAUUUAUCAAUGGAUUGUGAUGAUACAACAAUUGAUAAAAAUAAUAUUAGUUGCAAUAAUCACGACAGAAUUGAUGAACAUAAUGAGUGUCAAACUGAAAAUGAAUGUCAAACAGUAAAUGAACCUUUAGAAAAAAAAUCAAAAAAUAGUAAUACUAAUAAUAUCAAUGGUUCAUUAGUAACUCAUGACAAUAAUCUACCGGAUAAUAGUAACAGUGAUAAUAAUCUUGUUGAUGAUAUGUCGAAUAAUUCUGGAGAUACUACUAAUGAAAUAUCAAGUGGAACAAAUGAUAAAAGUCCUGAGUCUCCUAAUGUCAAUAAAGAUGAGCCUAGUUGUAGUAAUGUUAAAAUCACAAAACCUAAGUCAAAAUUAAAAAAACGCCAUUAUAGAAAAAGUUCUGAUAAUAAUGAAGAUUCAGAUUCAAAGUCUGGUAAAAAAGCACGUGACUCUAAUUCAAGUUCACAAGAAUUAGACUCCUCGGUUGAUGGUGAGUCAAAUUUUGUUGAAUCCGAAAAUGAAACUGAAAAUUCAAAAAAAAGUGACCGCGAUAAAAAUUCUGAUUCUGAUGGUACUAAUAAAAUAAGUAGCGUAAAAGAUGAUGAUUCAGAUGAAUGGUCAACAGCUAGUGAAGAAGAAGUAGGUUUAGAAAUGCCUGAAGUAUUGACUAAAGCAAAACCAAAACCAAAAUGGUUCAUGUUACCAGAGAUGAGAAGUCGUGAGAUUGGUAACAAUAGAUUUUUUAAUCGUAAAUUUUAUGGUUCUUUACGUACUGUACAACGGCUUGAAAUAAUGCACAAGUUAGAUGAGCACGAGGGUUGUGUUAAUGCAUUAAACUUCAACAAAGAUGGAAGUAGAUUAGCUAGUGGUUCUGAUGAUUUAGAAGUUGUCAUUUGGGACUGGGCAGUAGGAAAAAAACGUGGUGUUUUUGAAACUGGUCACAGUUUAAAUGUUUUUGAAGUUAAGUGGUUACCAAUUGAUUACGAAUCAUUUAUAGUAACUUGUGCACGUGAUGGCCAAGUUAGAUUGCUAGAUAUAAAUACAGGUGUAAAUAAAAAGUUGGCUAGUCAUCGGGAGGAAGCAAGAAGACUUGCAACUCAUUUUGAUCAUCCUUAUAACGUUUUAUCUGUUGGUGAUGAUGGAAAAAUAUUAUCAAUAGAUAUUCGUGCUGAAAAACCAACUCGAUUGUUAACGGUUAAAGAAGAUGGAUCUCAUACUUUGCUUUAUACUGUUCAUAUAAAUCCACGUGAUAGUAAUUAUUUCUGUGUUGGUGGUCGAUCCCAAAAUGUGAAAAUAUUUGACCGACGAAGAGUUCUUGAACCUGUUCAGAAACUAUGCCCAAGAAAUUUGUCUGCAGCUGGACAAUCAGCGUACGUAACAUCAGCAGUGUAUAAUUACAAUGGAACCGAAAUAGUUACAUCCUAUAAUGAUGAUGAUAUUUAUUUAUUUGAUACUGUUUCGCCAAAUCCAACGAGAGAUUACGCUCAUAAAUACGAGGGUCAUCGUAAUAGUGCUACAGUAAAAAGCGUUAAUUUUUUUGGACCAAAAAGUGAAUUCAUUGUAUCCGGUUCUGAUUGCGGAAAUAUUUUCUUUUGGGAUAAAAAUACAGAAGCUAUUGUUCAGUGGAUGCCAGGAGAUGACCAAGGAGUGGUUAAUCGUUUAGAACCACAUCCGUAUGUACCAAUUUUAGCUACAAGUGGUUUAGACAGUGAUGUUAAAAUUUGGGCUCCUUCUUGUGAACUUGAACCGCCAAUGACUAAUUUAGAUGUUUGCGUUAAGACUAAUAUGAAAACACGUUCUGAUGAUACAUCGCGUGAACCAGAUCAAUUUGACUCACGAAUGCUUGCAGUUUUUCUACGUCAUAUUAGUCGUUACGGUAGAUAUAGUCCUGCAUCACGUGCUCGAAGAUUAGUACACGCUCGUUCAUAUGAUGAUAAUUCUGAUUCAUCAAAUGAUUCAAGUAGAUCAUUAGACAGUGAUAGUCACUCCGAUGAUGAUGCUAUGGAUGGACCUUCGUGUACAACCUCGUAAAAUUAUUAUUUUGAUUUUUAAUUAUAAAGUUAUGAGUUAUUUACUCGUGAGUAUAUUUUUUCAAAUCAUUAUAAGAUGUUUGACAUUAUUUUCCUUAUUUUCUCUCACGCAUUUUAUACUUGAAUACUUAUCAUUAUUAAUUAUUCUGUUUAAAAAUAAAAAUAGUCCAUAUAAGCAACGGCAUUUGAAUUAAUAUAAGAACAGAAAUAAUUUAAGUUCAAAUAUAUAUAUUACGAUUAUUCAUGUUCCAUAAAAUUGAAAAAAAAAAUAUAUUUUCUUUUAGUAAAUGCCAAUAUAAAAUAAGUAAUUACUGUUUCUACCAAUUAUAGAAUUACUUAAAGCGUUUAUUUUGUAGUGUACGUUGAUUAUUAAUUAAUUUUUAAAAACAUAUAAAUACAUUUUUAUUUUGCAAGACUUUAAAUAUAUGCUUUAGAAAUAAGAAUAGUUCAUACGAUAAGUUUUUUCCAUUUUCAUUUUUUAUUAUAAGUAAAACAAAAGAAAUAAUAAUAAUAAUAUCAAUAAUAAAUAAGCAUUUAGUAAAUGAUUAUUGAUAACGAAAUUUUUUAAAGGUGAAAAAAAAAUCAAUGCAUUAAUUAUCUUUAAUGGAAUGGGUUUAAUUACAAAAAUGAAAGAUUAGUGAAUAAUUUGACAGUAAUUAAUUAAUAUUAAUCGAAGGUGGUUGAUUUGGUAUGUUUAAAAAAUUCCAAUGGAAUGAGCAAAUCCAGCAUAAAUAUGAAGUGUAACCGCACCCAUGAAAAGAGUCGUUACAGCUUUGAUGAGUAGGGACGACCAAGGCCCAGCAAGUAAUAAUGACGUUAAUAAA